AUGGCUUCACUUGCGGCGGCAUGCCGCAUUUCAUCCCGCCUUGCAAGCGGCCGGGCCGCCCGCGGCUUCACCACUUCGUCGCGAUGUCUCGCCGCCCAGAACUUCACCAUGCCGGCCCUCUCCCCCACGAUGACGGAAGGAAACAUCGCCAGCUGGAAGGUUAAAGAGGGCGAUUCCUUUAGCGCCGGCGACGUCCUGCUCGAGAUCGAAACCGACAAGGCUACCAUGGAUGUCGAGGCCCAGGAUGAAGGUAUCAUGAUGAAGAUUAUCUCCCAGGAUGGUAGCAAGAGCGUCCAGGUAGGCACUCGAAUUGCCGUCUUGGCCGAUGCCGGAGACGAUAUCAGCACUCUUGAGCUGCCUGCAGAUGAGCAGCCCCAGCAGUCAGCCCAGAGCACUUCACAGUCCUCAGCUCCCGCGCCGCGGGAAGAGCCAAAGUCUGCUGCAAAGCCCUCUGCAAAGCCAGAAUCCGCUGCCAGCGGAACCUACGAGCACAACUACCCUCUGCUCCCCUCAGUCGGCCUUCUUGUACAUGAACACGGCAUCAGCAAAGAGGAUCUGAGCAAGAUCAAGGGCACGGGACCCAGCGGACGACUACUAAAGGGCGACGUGUCUUCGCAUUUCAGCAAGCUGGCCCAUCUGGACUUGAGCAAUAUCAAAGUAGCUGAGAAGAAGGCUCCUGCUCCUAAGGCAUCCGAGGCUGCCUCUAAAGCACCGAAAGCUGCUCCCAAGGAGGAAAAGGUCCUUGUCCAACUUCCCAUCUCGUUGGAAAGUGUUGUGCAGCUGCAAAGACGUCUUCAGGAUUCCGCCGACGUCUCCGUCUCAACAGCCACAUUCAUCUCCAAGGCCACAGCAUUUGCAAACAGCCGUCUACCUGCCGUGCCUCAUGCGCCAACUGCCAGUGAGUUGUUCGACGAGGUCCUUGGCCUAGGCAAGGCCAAAGCUACCAAAUUCUCUCAGGGAGCCUAUGUUCCCACCAUCCCCGAUUACUCAUUCACUGCCUCCCGGAGGGCCUCUACCCCCAAGUCUGACAUUAUUGACAUCUUGGCCGGCCCUGCCAAAAAGUCCAGCUCAUCGUCAGCCCAACGGGCUACUCCUAGGCUCGAUGCUAGACUUGCUGCCGAUGGAAUUCACACCUUCAGCCUGCUGGUUCCCAAGGAAGAAAAGGCCAGGGCCGAGCUGUUCUUAGAGCGAUGCAAGCUCGCCCUGGAGGAAGUGCCCGAGACAUUGAUAUGA